AUUUUUAGCGCCGAAAAAAGAGAGAGAAAAAAAUUCGUUUGCUGUAAACAAUAACACAUAAUGAAUUUAUUUAAUUAUAAAGACUUGGGAAUUUUAAAAUUAAGCAUUUUCUGGUUUUAAGCGAUUUGUGUAUGUACGUAUAUGUGUAUUGCAACAAUGACAACCUGUUUAUGCUGGAGACACUAGAAGUAAAUAAAACUUUUCGGUUAAAUACGAAUUUUGCAGUAUAUAGCUUUAAUUAAUUAUUGAAAUACAUUUCACAGAUUCGAAAUAGAAAUAUAACGAAUUAGACCAUCGUAGUAUUCAGAAGAAGUGAUACGCACGGCAAGUACAAAAAUAAAAAAAAUAAAAAAAAGUAAACAAAGUUAGUGAUUAGCACAUCGCUGUUAUGACUUUUCUUGAAAAUGGAAAAGAAAACGGACAUCAUGCGGAGAACAUUUGGCAAAUGGAAAAAAUUGAAGAAGCCGAACCGUUAUCAUGGAGAUUUUGGCGAAAGAAACGUUAUAUUGUCGUAUUGUUAGCAUUUUUUGGAUUUUUCAAUGUUUAUUCAUUACGUGUUAAUUUAAGUGUUGCCAUUGUCGCAAUGACAGAAAAUCGUUCACACAUUGAUGAAAACGGUACAGAACAUUGGACACAAGAUUUUAAUUGGAAUUCAAAAGAAAAAGGUUUAAUAUUGAGUUCAUUUUUUUACGGUUACAUUUUAACACAAUUUUUGGGUGGAUUUCUUGCAACAAAAAUUGGUGGUAAUCAUAUUUAUGGAGUAGGUAUUGGAACCACAUCAAUUCUUACUCUACUAACACCAUUAGCAGCAAAACAUAGCGUAGAAAUGUUAAUAGCCGUAAGGAUAAUAGAAGGAAUUUUUGAAGGUGUAACUUUUCCUUGUAUACAUGCUGUAUGGGCUAGAUGGGCACCACCAUUAGAACGUUCACGUAUGGCAUCAAUAGCAUUUGCUGGUAAUUAUGCUGGUACAGUAGUUGCCUUACCUGCAUCAGGUCUUUUAGCAACACGUUAUGGUUGGGAAAGUCUUUUUUAUGUUUUUGGUGCAAUUGGUUGUGUAUGGUUUAUACUUUGGGAAAUUGUUGUUAAAUCUAGUCCAGAACUAGAUAAAUAUUGUCCUAAAGAAGAAGCUGAAUAUAUAAGAAAAACAACUGGAAAUAAAGAUAAUGAAAAAAUAAUACCACCAUGGAAAGCAAUAUUUACUUCACCUGCUGUAUGGGCAAUUGUUGUAGCUCAAUUCGCUGAACUUUGGGGCUUUUAUACAAUGUUAACACAAUUACCAUCAUUCUUAAAAGAUACUCUUAAUUUCAAUUUGGAUAAAACAGGAUUUUUAUCUGCUGUACCAUAUUUAACAAUGGGACUUCUUCUUGGAGUUUCUGGAUAUUUAGCUGAUUGGACUCAAAUUAAAGGAUAUUUGACAACAACACAAGUUAGAAAAUAUUUUAAUUGUGCAGCAUUUUUAGCUCAAACAGUAUUUAUGACAUUAGCAGCAUAUUUAUUAGAUCCAGUAUGGACUGUAUUAUGUAUAACGAUAGCUGUAGGACUUGGUGCAUUUGCUUGGUCUGGUUUUGCUGUAAAUCAUUUAGACAUUGCACCACAAUAUGCUAGUAUUUUAAUGGGAAUUUCAAAUACAUUUGGAACUAUUCCUGGAAUCAUUAGUCCUUUAAUAACCGGAUAUAUUGUCCAAAAUCAAUCAGCUGAGGAAUGGAAAAUAGUAUUUUACAUAUCAGCUUCUGUAUAUAUUAUUGGUACAAUAAUUUAUUGGUUCUUUGCAAGAGGUGAAUUACAAGAAUGGGCUAAAAAACCCGAACAAAUCGCAUAUGAAAAGAAAAUGAAUGGUACAAAUUCUAAUCCUGAACAAAGGAGGGGUUAUGAUAAUAAUGCAAUAGAAUUAAGAGAAUAGUUUAAUAGAUUUAUAAAAAAAAAUAUAUUUAAUUGUAGAAUAAAUAAUAAAUCUUAUUCUAAAUAUGUGAUAUUAAACAUAUUAGAAAACAAUAAUUAGUUACAGUAAAUGUAAAUAUAUACAGACAAUGCAAGAUAGGCAAAGAUAUGCUAAUAAAUGGAUUUCAUGUGAUCUCUAUAUGGAUUACCUUUAUUAGCCUUAAUAUCGACUACUUAAAACUCCGUUAAUUAUUUAUAUUAUAACUUAGAGUACUUAAUUUUAACAUUCAAUUUAUAUUAUAAUUAGCUAUUCAAAAUAAAUUAAAAGAAAUUUUUAUUUCCUUUUUUACAAUUUGUUUACAAGUGUUUGAUUAUAAGAAAAUGUACAUUUUUGUUUUUAAUAGUUUUAAGAUUUUAUAUUAAUGAGCAAAUUAAAAAUAAAUGUAAAUUAAAAAUAAUAAAUUGGCCACAAAAUCAAAAAUUAUGACAGAAAGCACACAUACAGGUAACAAGCACUACAUCCAUGAAAAAUUUAACAGAAGAGCUUAACAUACCAACUUGAAAACCAGAUUUCUAAAUAUCAUUAAAAUCAAAACAAUUACGAUGCACAAACAUUUAGCAGCAGUUUCUAUUAGUUUUAUUCAAUCACUAAUCAAAACUAAACACAACUAAUUAAACACACAGCGACAUCUAUCUAAAAAUAAUAACCACGAAGGCUUUAAUUCUGAAAUAUUAAAACAUAAAACAAUAAAAUUACGCUUAUCUUAAAAAAAAUGUUUAUAUAAUUUGUUAAAACUUAAAUUUGUUUAGAAAUAAGUAAGACUUUAAAAAAAAUUCAACAGAAGCAUGCAAACUUUACCAUUGAAACUUUUAAUCUUACGUCAUUUAU